CAGACCCGGGAAAACGAAGGAGGAGAGAGAGAGAAGAAGAAGAAGAAGAAGGAGACUCGGGAGGAAGAAGAUCAACAUGAAAAAAGAAAAGCGAGUGUGCUGGGCAAUGGACAGCGAGGAGACGGUGGUCUUGGUCAACGGAAACUGCGGGGAUCCGUCAGAGGACAAAGCCAAUGCUGCUUUGGAUGUCAAAGGGAAGAGGAAGAAACCAGAUUCCAGCGAUGCAGAGCAACUGUCUUCUAAGACAGAGGAAAAGACGGACGAGAUUCCAGGAUCCCCAAAGAAAUGGCAGGAGGUUAACAUGAAAAGGAAGAAGCGGGUUCUCAGUGAUACGGACAGCGAAGACGAGGUGAUCUUGAUCAACAUAAGCGACGACGAAUCCGCCGAGGAGAAAGCCAAUGCCAAUCUGGAUGUCAAAGGGAAGAGGAAGAAGCCAGAUGCUGACGAUGCAGGGCAGUUGUCCCCCACGAGAGAGGAAGGGCAAGAGAUUCGAACCCGUGGGAAUGCCGGCUGGGAGAACUGCUUACGCCAGAAGCCCCCUCCCCGCAUCGUCUUCCAGGCAGGACCCGCCUCGCAGGACAAGAAGAGCAAGGACGACGUGGAGAGCGUGGAGAGCUUCAAGGAAAGGCACAAGAUCAGGUAUUCCAGGAGGAUCUCCAGAAACGGGCCCAUCAAUUUCUCAGAGGACGAGCUCAGCGAGUCCAGCCGUGUCGGCAGCAACGGGAUCCCCAACGGAAAUCAUGAUCCUGGGCUUCUGAGAGGUUGUAAAGAAUACCAGGACGGGAAGCCCUUCCAAAUGGGAGAGCUGGUCUGGGGGAAGAUCCGGGGCUUUGCUUGGUGGCCGGCCAUUGUCGUCACCUGGAAGUCCACCUCCAACCGCCCGGCGGCUCCUGGCAUGCGGUGGGUCAAAUGGUUCGGCGAUGGGAUGUUUUCGGAGGUCUCUGCUGACAAACUGGUGGGCUUGGUGAAUUUCCGAGACCAUUUCAACUCUUCCACGCUUCAGAAGAUGGCUUCCUACCGACAAGCCAUUCUUCAUGUUUUGGAGGUGGCAAGCAGCCGAUGCGGCAAGACUUUUCCGAGCAAUGCCGGGGACUCCAUUGAAGAGAAGCUGAAGCCCAUGGUGGAGUGGGCACUCAAUGGCUUCAAACCCACUGGAGGCAAAGGACUGAAGCCACCCAAGGGGGAAGAGGAUGUUGACCAAGAAGACAAGAGCAGCGUGGAAGAGGUGGUGGUCGUCCUUGAACCAUCCCCACCACCAAAGCGGGUCAAGACGGCCGUCUGCAAUGGGAACGGCAAGGAGCAGUCGGAGGAGAACCAAAGCCGAGAGCGGAUGCUUUCUGAAGUCAGGAAUAACAAGAAGAGCCUUGAAGAUAGCUGCUUAUGUUGCGGCAAGAGCAACCCAGCGACUUUCCACCCGCUGUUUGAAGGGGGUCUCUGCACAACUUGCCAGGACCGGUUCCUGGAGUAUUUCUACAUGUACGACGAAGAUGGGUACCAGACCUACUGCAGCAUCUGCUGCGAAGGAACUGAGCUGCUCCUUUGUGACAAUGCCAGUUGUUUCAGGUGCUUCUGCGUGGACUGUUUGAACACCUUGGUGGGCCGAGGUGCGGCAGAUGCAGCCCGGGAAGAGGAACCGUGGAGUUGCUACAUGUGCCAGCCCCAGAAGCAGCACGGCUUGCUCCAGCGGCGGCACGACUGGAACACGCGUCUGAAGGAGUUCUUCACCAACGAGAGAGGGCAGGAAUACAAAGCACCCAAAAUCUACCCCGCCAUCCCAGCAGCCCAGCGGCGGCCAAUUAGAGUCCUUUCUCUCUUUGACGGUAUCGCUACAGGCUACCUGGUCCUGAGGGACCUGGGCAUCAAGGUGGAGAAAUACGUUGCCUCUGAGAUCUGCGAAGAAUCCAUAGCCGUGGGGACCGUGCGGCACGAAGGAAACAUCACCUAUGUCCACGAUGUCAGGAACAUCACUAAGAGAAACAUUGACGAAUGGGGUCCAUUUGAUUUGGUGAUUGGCGGAAGCCCUUGCAACGACCUCUCCAUCGUGAAUCCAGCCAGGAAGGGCUUGUAUGAGGGGACCGGACGCCUUUUCUUCGAAUUCUACCACUUGCUCAACUAUUCGCGCCCCAAACCCGAAGAAGAGCGGCCUUUUUUCUGGCUGUUUGAGAACGUCGUCGCCAUGAGGGUCAACGACAGGAGGGACAUCUCCCGUUUUCUGGAGUGUAACCCGGUUAUGAUUGACGCGAUAAAGGUCUCGGCUGCACACAGAGCGCGGUAUUUUUGGGGCAACCUGCCUGGCAUGAACAGGCCACUGGUUGCUUCCAAGACGGAUAAACUUGAACUUCAGGAUUGUUUGGAAUAUAGUAGGACAGCCAAGUUGAAAAAGGUCCAGACCAUAACCACCAAGUCCAAUUCGAUCAGGCAAGGCAAAGCCCAGAUGCUCCCGGUGCGCAUGAACGGCAAAGACGACGACUUGUGGUGCACGGAGCUGGAAAGGAUCUUUGGCUUCCCCCUCCAUUACACAGACGUGUCCAAUAUGGGUCGCGGAGCUCGCCAGAAGCUGCUGGGCCGGUCCUGGAGUGUGCCGGUCAUCCGCCAUCUCUUUGCUCCACUCAAAGACUAUUUCGCCUGCGACUAGAGAGCCAGGCUCUCCGGGGCCUCCUUCAACCAGUCAAUUAUGGGAGGGAAGAAAGGACCAGGAUGAACUGGAGACAUGUGCUACCUUCUGUUUGCACUGUGAUGUAUUUCCCACCCGUAAGAACU